UUCGGCUCAGGACGCAAAAUGCUUCACUGUUUAUAAAGUGGCAGCCAUCAGGACGGAUAUCCAAAUUCACCAGCAGCAGCUGCCGAAGUAAUUCUUCACACUUACUUAAAGGUCAUUGACUUCAGUCAGAGAUGCCAUAUCUUGUCAUGGGUGUCACUCUCUUGCUACUACUGAGCAGUCUUCCAACUCAAGCUCAAGACUGCACCAGACCUAUAGGAGGAAACAACAUGAAUUUGAAGGACGAAUACAUUCUUUUAGACACAUUCCCAGAUGGGACCAAAGUUAGUUUUGCCUGUGCUGUUGGCCACGUGUCUGCAGGAGGGUCUGCAUCCAUUACUUGUACUGCUGGCAGUUGGAGUACUUUGAUGCUGAAAUGCGAGAGGAGAAACUGUGGCGCUGCUGAAGAAGUGCCAAAUGGAUACGUUGACUACUCUCAAGGGACAGAGUUUGGUGAUGAACUAGUGGUCACUUGCAACAUUGGUUUCAGAUUGGUUGGAAAAACCAACACACGUCUCUGUGGAGCUCAAGGGUGGAUGGGCAGGAUGCCUGAGUGUGAAGUGGUGACUUGUAAUCCCCCACCUCCAGUACAGAACGGCACUUUCAGGCCAGAUCAAGAAGUCUAUCAGUAUGGAGAAGUUGUGGAGUACAGUUGUCAACAAGAUUACACACUCUCUGGAUCAAGAACAAUAUCAUGUUCAGCUGAUGGAGGGUUUGAGCCUUCUCCUCCCACAUGUAUCAAGGUUCACUGUGAAGAACCUGUUAUUGCAAAUGCUAAGUGGAUUUGGGGUUCUCGGCCCCCUCAUGGAUACCAGUCUACGGUGACGUACGUGUGCAAACCUGGGUAUACUAUGAUAGGAGAGUCCACCCUGACAUGUGGAAUAGACAGCCAAUGGUCACCUGGACUUCCAACGUGUCAACUGGUGACUUGUGAUCCGCCACCUACAAUAGUGAAUGGCACUUUCCAUCCAAAGAAAGAAUCUUAUGACUAUAGUGACAUUGUGGAGUACUGUUGUCAAAAAGAUUACACACUCUCUGGAUCCAAAUCAAUAUAUUGUUCAGCCCAUGGAAGGUUUGAGCCUGCUCCUCCCACAUGUAUCAUGGUUCAAUGUGAAGAGCCUGUCAUUAGAAAUGCUGAGUGGAUUUGGGGUUCUCGACCCCCUUAUGGACACCAGUCUACGGUGACGUACAUGUGCAAACCUGGGUAUACUAUGAUAGGAGAGUCCACCCUGACAUGUGGAAGAGAUGGUCAGUGGUCACCUGGACUUCCAACUUGUCAACUGAUUCAGUGUGAAGAGCCUGUUAUUACAAAUGCUGAGUGGAUCUGGGGUUCUCAACCCCCUCAUGGAUACCAGUCUAUGGUGACCUACAUGUGCAAACCUGGGUAUACUAUGAUAGGAGAGUCCACCCUGACAUGUGGAAGAGACGGUCAGUGGUCACCUGGACUUCCAACGUGUCAACCUCAAGACUGCACCAGACCUAUAGGAGGAAACAACAUGAAUUUGAAGGACGAAUACAUUCUUUUAGACACAUUCCCAGAUGGGACCAAAGUUAGUUUUGCCUGUGCUGUUGGCCACGUGUCUGCAGGAGGGUCUGCAUCCAUUACUUGUACUGCUGGCAGUUGGAGUACUUUGAUGCUGAAAUGCGAGAGGAGAAACUGUGGCGCUGAUGAAGAAGUGCCAAAUGGAAAAGUUGACUACCCUCGAGGGACAGAGUUUGGUGAUGAACUAGUGGUCACUUGCAACGUUGGUUUCAGAUUGGUUGGAAAAAACACACGUCUCUGUGGAGCUCAAGGGUGGAUGGGCAGGAUGCCUGAGUGUGAAGUGGUGACUUGUAAUCCCCCACCUCCAGUACAGAACGGCACUUUCAGGCCAGAUAAAGAAGUCUAUCAAAAUGGAGAAGUUGUGGAGUACAGUUGUCAACAAGAUUACACACUCUCUGGAUCAAGAACAAUAUCAUGUUCAGCUGAUGGAGGGUUUGAGCCUUCUCCUCCCACAUGUAUCAAGGUUCACUGUGAAGAACCUGUUAUUGCAAAUGCUAAGUGGAUUUGGGGUUCUCGGCCCCCUCAUGGAUACCAGUCUACGGUGACGUACCAGUGCAGAUCUGGGUAUAUUAUGAUAGGAGAGUCCACCCUGAUAUGUGGAAUAGACAGCCAAUGGUCACCUGGACUUCCAACAUGUCAUAGACCAACCACACCUAAAACCACCACCACCACCACCACACCAUCAGUGCGUGGAUGUGAAGAACCUCAUAUUACAAAUGCGGAGAGGAUUGGAGGUACUCGACCCCCAUAUGGAUACCAGUCUUUGGUGACGUACCAGUGCAAACCUGGGUAUAAAAUGAUAGGAGAGCCCACCCUGAGAUGUGGGAGAGAUGGUCAGUGGUCACCUGAACUUCCAAAAUGUCAAGCUGAUUCUGACACAACUGGCAAUAAUGGAAAUAGCCUGGCUCUGGGGUUGGGUAUUGGUUUGACACUUGUCAUUGUUGCCCUCGUUUUCUGUGGAUGGUAUUUCUGUGGAAUCCCGUGCAUCAAGACAAAGCGAGGCUCUCGGAGCGGCAUUCCUGACAAUGUGGUUCCAAAAGAUGGAGAGGAUGUAGCACUCUAGUAAGCAUCGCGGUCCUGCUGGUCCAAUGUUGCUGGGGUUGAAAAAUGUCGGUUGAGAAGAGGAACGUCACAGGACUUGUCCUGGAAUGUACUUGUGCUGUCCACGUGCACGUGGAUGCCACAGACUGAAGAAACUCCAUGGCCAUUAGUAUCAAAAGCCGACGUGAUAUUCAGAAACCUCAACAAAUUGAGCUCAAUCCUAUGUUUAUGCUUUAAGCGGAUUCUGUAGUUAGUCCACAAUAAUCUUAAUCUUUGACAGGUCACUCAUAACUAGGUUUUUUUUCUCUAUUUUGCAUAACUCAAAUCAGUAAUGUCUGGGAUGCCUUCCCUUUCCUUGACAGCAUCACAGCAGCAUGUUUCAGUGCUGUUAUAAUGAAGGAAUGUGAUUUCAUGUUUAUCAGAAGCCUGAACGCUCUGUAUGAAUAUAAAUGUUUGCACUGUAGCUCAGAGCACAGCUCAGCCUGACCAGUAUAGCUCAGCUAUACCAGUGGCUUAAAACAAGCAAAAUCAGUUAGGAAUAUAUGCAUGCUCGACCUUAAACACAGCUGGUAGGGUUAAAUUAUUUUUGUUUAGACUAGAAACAUUCAAAAAUCAAAAGGCCUUGUUUACACCUGGUAUUAACAUGCGUUACAAUUGGAUCACAGGUGGGGAGCUCCAAGUACAGGUAUAGUGCGUUGUCAAUGCGUCCUGAGAUUUAAUCAAAUGGCUGCAUAUGGCUACAUUUUUUCAGCAGUGUGUAUAGUAUUUUGUCGCAUUGAAGGACCUUCUGCUAAGACGACAUCCUUGAUUAUCCGACUCUCCCUACCAGAUAAGUAAACUUUCUGUUGCUGCCAUUACACAAGUUAGAUGCAGUGCUGAAGGACCAUCUCUGGAGCAGCUUUCUUCCCAGCAGUCAGUUCAACAUGUGCCCAGGUAGCAAAAGCUAACACAGCAACAACUAUCAAACAAACUGACACCAACACCAAAACAGCUCGACUCUCUCUGAAACUGGUUGGGUAACGUUAGCAUGUGAUGCAGACAGAUAGCCCCGUCACUGAGUGUGUGUGUGUACGUGUGUGUAUGUGUGUGUGUGUAAGCAGACUCUUAGCAGCUAUCCCCAGUGUGGAGCUUGUGAUCUUGCAGCAUGACAAACCUCAGUCCGGUUAAAAACACAUUUGAUAUUUGCAAAACAGAAGUGAUGUUCGUGUUUAUUUGAUGUUAAGAGUGUGGAAGUAAGAGCCGAUCACAAGUGGUCACUUGAGAAGUAUGCUGAGAAGCGUUGUAAUGCCAAGUGUGAACAGACAGACAUAGCUGUCCUCUUAGGAUCGGAUCACCCAAGACGCACAUAAUACCAGGUGUAAGGACGGCCAUAGUUCAACAGUUUUAGUUUAUGCUUUAGAACACAGUGGAUUUGCCUGUAACUAUUUCGUAUAUCAGAAAUGACAACAUUUGUGUAGCUGAAAUAGUUAAUCCACCAGCAAAAUCACUCACUCAUAUAGCCGAUAAACCCGUCCUCCCAUCAUGUAGAUUCAACUUCCACCUUUCCAGAGAUAACAAAGGGAUCUAUAAAACUGUCCCAAACAUGUAGUGCCUGAGCAGAAGGCAUGCUCUUUAUGCCUUAAUGCAAAUUAUCAAGUGUUUGUUAGCUUGUUGUGUGUCAAUUGUUGUGCGUUUGUUAAUGGAGGCCUAAUUAUAGGCCUGCCUUAGCUUAAUGCUAAUGCUAAAUAAUUAGCCAUGUGUAAUGUCAUGUUGGGCACAUUGGUUUUCAUGUCCUGUAGCUUCACCAGCUUUCAAAAAAAGUUUCCCAUGACAUAAAAAUAGAAAAAUUAAGUUCUAAAUGAGUACAUUAUUUAUUUUCCUCGUAAAGAAUUGGUUUUGCAGACGUCUCUUUGCCACUGUCAGUUUGGUAUUUGUUCACCCCCACACCACCCAAAAGAAGAGGCAGACUUUAAGUAUUGAAAUACGGGCUUUGUGUCUGUGUCUUAUAAAGAUGUAUAGACUGUGAUCUUUGAAAAAAAUUGCACUUGCCUGGCUUUUUAUCUUUAUUUAUUAAAAUAAAUUUGUGUCAGAACAUUUCCAGAGUUUUGUAUGAUUUUGAGGCAGUCAGAAAAGUGCUAUUUUGGCACUAUCUUUUGUAUUAAUUAAUGAAAUAAACAUAAUCAUGGACUGUG